AUGACGCCGACGUUGCUGGAGGGCACACCUGUCCCAGAGGUUGACAUACUAUUCCUGGGGAGCCCUGGCGUGGGCAAAGCAACGUUCCUAUCUCAAAUCGAACAUGUCCACAAUGGCAGACUCAACCUGUCUGCUCCUCGGAAACGCAUAUUCGCACCUACAGAGCCUCUGAGCUGGGACGUGACGCUGUUUGGGCGACCAUACAAGUUCCGCAUCCACGUCUCUACGUCGUCGCUGUUCGUGGACCCAUUCCCAGCCGAGCCAGCGUUUACGAUCAUCGCAUUCUCCGUCUCCUCGCGCGAGUCCCUCCACAACGCCCAGUUCUACUGGCGCAAGCAGCUGUCCAUGCACUACAGUGAUCUGGAGCAUAACAUGCCCGUGAUGCUACUGGGGCUCAAGCGCGACGAACGUACCGAAAAGAGAAUGGAAGACGGGACGUUUGAAUGUGUCAUGCCCCAGGAGGCUCUGCGGGUCGCUCAGGAGAUGCGCUGCGAUCGCUACGCCGAGUGUAGUGCCUUGACGGGUGAGUUGAUGUGGGAGACCCUGGAGGACAUUACUCGUACUGCGGCUAUGACCACGACGGAGAAUGGGGGGAUGACUCAGUAUUCUUGUUCGGUGAUGUGA